AUGGAGCCUUUGCUUAAGCAAAUAAGGGUGAGAUUUUCUGGUGUAAGACAAGAGAAGACUGAACAUGAUCGUAGAAUAUCGCCACAGAAAGCUCAAUCUUUCAAAGAGAAAAGGAAACCCCAGAAUUGGUUCCAGAGACAGCUGUCGGGGAAAAUGAGUCAAGACUAUGAUUCUAACAAGGCAAUAGAGCAUGCAACCGCAGUGGCAGCAGCUGCAUAUGCCAUUAAGUCAAUUGAAGACUCAGCCAUCUCUGAUCAGAAAAAGACCGGCAAUGAGCCGAAAACCUCUUUGGUGAGGAUCAAGAGCAAAAAGGAAGAAACAGCAAUUUCGAAGCCGGAACCUGGAAGAGUUUCCAAACUAUUCCCAGGUUCAACUAAAAGUAGUCCAGAACGAAAACAUCCAGAUGGUACUGCCACAACUGGGAAGGUCCCCGGAAAGGCUCCGUCAAUAAAAAAAACUCCAACUUUUGCUGAUAAGCAGUUGAACAGCACUGACAGUAUAAAACCUGAAACUGCAGCACCACAACCCCUUCGUUCCCCGUCAAUUAAAAACACUCUAACUGUUGCUGAUAAACAGUUGAACAAAGCUGACAAUAUAAAACCUGAGACUGCAGGCCCUUCAAAUGAAACCAUGAGGCAGAGUGCAACAGAACCUGGAACGAGAAAAACACAAGCAGAUAUUUGGGAGGAGAAUAAGCUUGCUAUGCUUAAAGAAAGGUAUGAGAAACAAAACGCCAUAAUACUUUCCUGGGAGAGCAAGAAGAAGAAGAAAACCAGACGCCGAUUCAGUACAAAAGAGAGUGAAAUAGACCAAAAAAGAGUAAAAGCUCAACGAAAGUUCAACAGAGAUAUGGAACAUAUUAAACAGAUUGCAGAGGGAGCAAGGGCACAGGCAGAGGAGCGGUACAGAAAUGAAGUCUUGAAGGCAAAAGAAAAGGCAAAUGCAAUCAGAAAAACAGGGAAAGCUCCUACAUCAUGUUUCUGCUUCUAA